AUGUAUGAGAGAGGACGGAUGAACACCGGCGUGCACCUACAGAUUAUUUCUGUCUUAGCUCUUUGUCCCUGCUAUAGGCACAGUAAUCCCUCCUCGUUUCAGAUGCUAAGUAUGCGGCACAUCGGCCCUCGCUCUCCUGCUCCAUUCAGAGGAUUCGGGGCUCCUACGGUCUUUGGCGAUAUUCAUUUCCUCUUCAUUCAAAGUCUGCCCUAUUAUGCCAUUCCUGCGAGACGCUGGAUUAGCCGUCGCUCGAUCCAGAUCCUGAUAACGAAGGGCUCGUAUCGACAAUGUCGGCAUGCGCGUCGAUGCGUCCUGCAUCAUGUGAACGGUGCCGUCGGUCUGACCCGAGAAGAUCCCAAGCCGGGCUCCAAUCGAUCAAUGAUGGGAUAUUCGAGAUCUUAUGAAGAGAUGCGGAGAUUCUCGAUUAUACCGCUCAGGGCGAGCUCGCACUCGUAUAACAAGACUCAGCCACACGGCAAUCUCUUCCUGACAAUGUACUCUCAUUCUUCUCAGCAAUCAAUCUCUCCGUCGUCUGCGAAUAUUAUACGUAUCUCAAAUGGAAGACAGCGUAUCUCCAAGCUGCUGCUGAGAAUUGUUAUGGCCAUUAGGAUACUGAGACUUCCAUAUUACAGUACGUGUUGCACAAGUCGCUCAAAGUUCUGUAUACAAGUAGUAGGCCCAUUCUCAAAGCAUAGUUCCGAUACCGGGACACUUUUGCAGAUCGCAAACAGACUACAGGCAAUUCUCAGCGCGGGUUUGGAAUUCCUCAGCACCAAGAAAGCACCAGACAACCACGGCGGUUCAGACCAUGAUCAUAGCCACAUUACUGGCUAG